AUGAGAUAUUUAUGUUUACUUUUAUUUUGUUCAUUACUUGUAAGGGGAUAUAUUAGAAUUGAAAAUAAAGUAAAGUAUUCCAAUUUAAUUAAUAAAAAUGUACCAAAGGAAAAAUAUAAAAAUGUUUUUACAAAAAAAAAGCAUUACUUAAAUAUGUUUAAGGAGGAAGAAGUUGAAGAAAAAUACAACACCAUAGCCACAAUCAAUAGUUUGUUAGGGAAAGUCAAAAGGCAUUUUAAUAUAAAUUUCAACUUAGAAGAAGAAAAAAAAAGGAAAACCAAUAUUAAAGAUGAUAAUGAAAAAAACGAAUUAAAAAAUAUUUUCGGUACCAUGUUAGAUGGAAGUUUUAAAAUAGGAAGAGCAAAUACUAUGUUUAAAGAGUUAAAAGAAGAAAAAAAAAUGGUUGAUUUGAAAUACAAAGAAUUGAUAAGAAGAAAAUUAGAAUUAAGAAAAAAUCAAUUUAAAAAAUUGGAAGAUGAUUUAAAGAACGGAACAUAUAAAUCUCCUUUUAAUGAAGAACAGCGAGAGUUUUUACAAAAAGUAAUGAAAAAAAAGGAGGAAGCAAUAGAACCCAUAAUAAAGGAAAUAGAAAAAAUAGAAAAAAAUAAACAUUUAAUAUUUGAUGACAAAAAUGAUCUUUUAGUGAAAUUAAGGGAAAAAAUUCAAAAAAAAUUGGAUGAAAUAGAUUUGAUGUAUCAGGAAGAAGCUAUCAAAUUAGGAAUAAAAAAGGAAAUGGACGAUUUUUAUGAAAAAACAAAAACUCCAUUAGUAUGGGAUUUGACUCAAAUGGAUUGGCCUAACGCUAUUUAUCCAUUGAUAAAUGAUAUGAAAAUUAAAGCUGAUGUAUAUUGGGAAUCAACAGUAGUUGGUGGGAAUAGAGAAAAAAAUGAAUAUUUUUUUACACCAUUUAAUUUACCUUCUUUAGGUGAAAAAAAAAAAAGGAGAAAAGGAAGAGGUGUAGGAAGUAAAAGAGGAGGAUCUUCAGGAAGAGGAAUGAAAGGGCAAAAAAGUAGAAGUGGUGGUUCUAUUCCAAUUGGUUUUGAAGGAGGACAAACACCUUUAUAUAGAAAAUUACCAAAAUUUGUUUCUGCACCUCUUGGUCCAGGAAGGCGGUUUAAUAAAUAUGAUUAUGAAUUAAUCCCAUUGAAUUUAAUCAAUUCAGCUUAUAGCAGAAGUGGAGAAAAAAAAUAUCUUGAAAUUGAUUGGAAUGUUAUAGACAAAUUGGGAUUAAGAAUAGGAAAAUAUAAAAGAAGACAUCCAAUAAAAGUCGUUGGUUGUAAUCUAAACAAAUUUAAAAUGAAAAAUGGAUAUGAUUUCGAAUUUUAUGCAAAAAAUGUUCUUGUUAAAGCACACGCAUUUACAGUUAACGCAGCUAGAGAAAUUAUAAAACAUGGUGGAAGAUGUUUGUUAUUAAAAAAAAAUACGCAUGAUAUAGUAUAUUCAGAAUAUAAUCCAGAUGAUGAAAAUUUUAAUAGAAUUCCAAAAAGAAUAGUAUUUUCUGGAAAACCUUCCAAAGUUGAAAGAAGAUUACAUUGGUUAAAAGAAAUGAAAAAAAAUAAUGAACAAGUAACACAAAGUAGUACAUAA